AUGUCAAUUUUAAUAGUAGUAAUAUCUAUCUAUCUAUCUAUCUAUCUAUCUAUCUAUCUAUUGGCGGAACAUAAUCUUCAUUGCCUUAGAGCCUUCCUAUUUGACAUUCACCACUCCCCCCAAUUUGACAUUUACGUUAAUAUCUAUCUAUCUAUCUAUCUAUCUAUCUAUCUAUCUAUCUAUCUAUCUAUCUAUCUAUCUCGGUCUUUGCAUAUAUCUAUCUAUCUAUCUAUCUAUCUAUCUAUCUAUCUAUCUAUCUAUCUAAUACUGACACCCUUCCUAUUUGGCAUUCACGUUAAUAUCUAUCUAUCUAUCUAUCUAUCUAUCAUCUAUCUAUCUAUCUAUCUAUCUCGACCCUUCCUUUUUGGCAUUCACGUUAAUAUCUAUCUAUCUAUCUAUCUAUCUAUCUAUCUAUCUAUCUAUCUAUCUCGGUCUUUGCAUAUCUAUCGCAGUCUUUUCAUUAUCUAUCUAUCUAUCUAUCUAUCUAUCUAUCUAUCUAUCUAUCUAUCUAUCUAUCUAUCUAUCUAUCUCAGAUUUUCCUGCCAGCAUUUACUCCCUGGUGCCUUCCCUCUUGUAUCCGUCUCGUCUCAUUUUUUUCUCUCUCUCUCUCUCUCUUUCCUUCUUUCUUUUGUUCAGACACAGCCCAACCUAACCCAACACCGCGCUUUACCCCCCCCUCCCACCGACACUCCCACUUCCUUCGUUUCUUCCUUUCCUCUCCCCGUCACCGCUUUCAGCUUCCUUCUCUUCUUUCUCCGACUUAUGAUGACUUGCCCACUCACACUUAAACGCACACAACCACGCGCUGCAAAUCUAUCUAUCUAUCUAUCUAUCUAUCUAUCUAUCUAUCUAUCUAUCUAUCUAUCUAUCUAUCUAUCUCAGCCUUCUUUUUUUUACUUUCUUUUUCUAUCUAUCUAUCUAUCUAUCUAUCUAUCUAUCUAUCUAUCUAUAUUUUCAUUAUAA